UGCCAUCUCAUCUCGCAUAUAGAGUACUUGCCACAAAUCAUCCUCCUACAUCCAUUUCUCAAGCCCCUUCAAACGACGCGCUCAUACCUCUUGUCGAUCCGCGACUGAAAUCCCCGAGAGGUUGCUGUCCUGUGCAUGGAGACCAUUGUCGAUUCGAAACGUGCGGCGCAGGUGUCGAAAGUGGUGGAAGUUAUCUUGGUGAAUCUAUCACAUCCAUCAAUAUGAGUAGAUCACAAGAUACAGUCAUCGACGAUGAGGAGGACACAUGUCCAUUAUGCAUUGAAGAAUUCGACCUUUCCGACAAGAACUUCCGGCCGUGUCCUUGUGGCUAUCAGAUUUGCCAAUUCUGCUUCAACAGUCUCAAGACCACCUACGAAAAGAGUACCUGUCCGAACUGCCGGAGACCUUACGAUGAAAAGACAAUACAAUACAAGAUCCCGACAGCUGAGGAAUUCAAGCUAGAUCAGCUGAACAAGAACAAAAAGCAGGCCGCCGCAAAACGAAAAGAGACUGAGAAGCGCGAAGUCGAAAACUCUUCUCGAAGAAAUCUAGCUGGGGUCCGCGUCAAGCAACAAAAUCUUGUCUAUGUUAUCGGCCUAAUACCCUCAAUCAAGGAUGAGCAGGCUCUUCUACAGACUCUGCGCGGUCCCGACUACUUCGGUCAAUACGGAGAAAUCGAGAAGAUCGUGGUGAGCAAAGCCAAACCAGGUGGCGCAAACCAGGGCAUCGGUGUCUAUGUGACAUAUGCUCGCAAAGAAGACGCCGCACUGUGUAUCAGCACUGUCGAUGGCUCAUUGAACGGAGACCGUGUACUACGGGCGCAGUUCGGCACGACCAAGUACUGUUCUGCCUUUCUUCGUGGUGAGACGUGUAACAACAAAAACUGCAGCUUUCUUCACGAGACGGGUGAGGACGGCCAACACAGCUCUUUACAGAACGAACCGCAUGCGGUAAAGCCCAAAGCAAUUCCGAUCUUCUCUCAACCUGCGCAGACGGUGCCUCCUACCCGACCUUUAUCCGCCGCUCAGGACCACACUACCACCCAACCUAUGGCUCGACAGGGCAGCAAAGACGAUGACGACAGUAGAAAAAACAGUACGGAUGGGUCCGCGUUACCUUCCACGGCGAGUUGGGCAAAUGCGAAUGCUCCUAUAGCACGAACAAGAAGAACAAGCCAAGCGAAUAGCAGAGCAACUCCUAGUCCUCAACUGACCCACGCGUCUCUUGCCGGUCCGCAAGUCGAAGAGUCUACGUCGAAGGAGCCACCCUCCAGUCAACCUUCAUCAGAAGCAACCACCAAAAAGCCAACCCCUAAACCUGAGACCACGAUCUCCAAGCCAACGCCAAAGCCGAUUGACCAUAUCCAACAACAGUAUGACGCAGUUCUGCGCAGUGUAUCACCGCACUUCCGCUUUGUAUACGAUGAUUCAUGUCUCAGCCCCGAAGUUCGAGCUUCGAUUGAUGAUUUGCCACCUCUUAUCGAUCCAUAUGGCGGACUUAAACGUCGAGCUAUGCGGGAGAAGGAUGCAGCGGAACGUGCAAGAUUGGAGGCUCAGGCGACCUCUACCGCAGAGGAAAUCCUUGGGGAGGACAACAUGGCUGCUGGGAGUUUGGCACUUGGUGGUGAACCAGAGGAUGACCCCAGAAGUUCUUCUGCUCGGGGAGCCAUUGGUCGGCCGUCGCUAUCUCUAGAAGACUCGAACGACCGCAGUUUGACGCCACAGCAACGACAGCAGUUGGCUUUCUUGAAUGCAGAAGGCGCUCCUGCACCUGGUCAUGCUCAGGGAUCGACCCCGAAUACCGCGUUCGAAAUGUCCAAUUUUGACAGACAAGGUCAGCAAUUCAGUCAAGCCCAGUACGAACAAAUCAACAAUCAUCAACGCCAUGGUUCAAGGUAUUUCAACACUGACUCCAAAGCCGCUAACAAUGGCAAUCGCUUCCAAGGGCAACAAUCCAACUUUUAUUCCAGUGGCGUUCAAGGACCUCCUCCAGGCUUACCAACAGCCGGAACACCACCCGUGAGCGGUGGCGGGAUGUUUGCCCACGGGCAAAACUUUACGAAUCCUGGUUUUGGAACAUCCAAAGAUGCGAAUGCCGAGGUCUACUCGAGGACUCGGAGUGGGACAAAUCAAGGUGCUGACCUGUCUAAGCGUGAGUUGCUCCUUUCCUUGCAGAACACCCCCCUUCGUUCGCCUCCACUGUCAGCCCCUGCCCCUGGCGUUCUCAACCCGCUCUAUGGUCAAUACCAAGGAGCGUAUCAAGAUCCUGGACUUGUCAAACAAAGAAAGAAGGGGAAGAAGCACAGACAUGCUAACACUUCCUCUUCAGGAGGUGGUGUCGAGCAUCUUGUGGACCCGAGCAUCGUUUCGUCGAGAAUAAACCAGGGCAACAACACCACAGGGCAGGGGCUUUUCGGAGGUCAACAAGUUGACGACCAGGACUUCCCGCCGUUACCGAUACGCUCAGACACUCUACCUUCAGCUUUGCAUUCGCGGGUGUCAUCUUUCCAAAGUUUCCAGAGCUCAGCGGUUCGAUCAUCCACUCCCAAGAUCCCUCCGGGCUUCGAACGAUCAUCAACACCGAAGAUCCCGCCAGGGUUUGAACUACUUCACGGUCACCCACCUAGGCAGGAUUCGCCGGCACAAAGAGUCCAGACGCCGCUACGAACCAUAUCGAGUACAUCAGUAGCGAUAGCCCCUGCUGUGCCGAUCUUACCUUUAGGUAUACGCUCAGCUACUCCAAAGACGAAGAUCCCUGAACCCGUCAAGGAAACCACUAAAGAGGGCGAUACUGACGCAAACGCAUCGAUUGUCGCGAGUGAAGUUAGUUUCGGCUCGCCGAAACUUCGAGCAUCGCGCUCGAAACCCGAAAUGGACAAGAGAACCACGGAGACUAUCAACGAGUCAUCUACACCGUCAAAGGAUGCAGAUGCCAAAGGCAAAGGCAAAGCUGCACAGAGACGGCCAGAAAAGAUAGAGCUCCCUCCAGGCCUUGCGUUCAGCACAACUGCGUCCGCAACGCCAGUGUUGGAGUCGGGUAUUGUCGGUACCCCCGGCUCUCUGAGCUCACGACCUGCCACUCCGUCAAUCACGACUCCUUCGGAAGCAUCCAAAACGUCAGUGCUCAGACCUCGAACAUUACGGUUGACGACAGGCACAACGGCAACAGAGAAGUCGAUAAAGAAGGGGUCUAGAAGGCCGUCAUUGUCGUCUGUACAGUAUAGCAGACCAUCUACACCCGCGAUUUCUCCACCACCCAGUAUCAGCAAGAAUCAACAGAAGAAGGAAAGAAAGGAGAAAGCGAAAAAGACAACGGAGCACGAAGAGCCUGCAAGCACCUCGACCACUCCUGCUGUUGCAGAGGUUGCUCCCCAAAAGAGGAGGAGUACUGACGACACUCCAGCUCCCAAGCCAGUGGAGAAAAGUGAAACCCCAAAAGCGGAAAGGACAGAUAAGCCCACUAAAUCCACCAAGAAAGAAGAGCCCGUUCCGAAGGUGGAAGAAGCACCGAUGUCUCCCUACACAUUGCGAGAUCUCUACAACGAAGCCGGGAAGACCGCCGGUAAUGGCGACUCUUCAAGCGCGAUACAGAAAUUGCUAAGUGAACACGUCUCACCAAUGACCAAGAUCAUUUCAUCCAUGAUUCAAUCGGGUGACUUGUCCAAGGAUCAUCCAUGGCUCAAUCCGCCGAGCUUCCAUUCGGCUGGGUAUAAACUGCCACCCGAUUCGCGUCGUGGGCAAGAAUAUCUUGAUGGAAAUGGAUAUAGUGCCAACGACGCAUUCGGGUACAUUUACUUGCCGCUCAAGGAGAAGCAAGCUCUGAAGGAAGGACAUGCCCGCAAGGACGAUUUACUCAAGAGAUGUCUCGUCACGCCGAAUGGCGCGGAUGAGAGCGAGAAAAUGUAUGUCGAAGAGUUUGGCGAUGUUGGCGCCAUGGAGGGUCUUGGUGUGCUCGAACAGGACGACUAUACCAACCUUGGUGGCGGAAUGGACCGGCUCAGUCGACAUGGUGAACGUCAUGGUGUCGUCUGGGUCAUGGGCGACGAUGACGAGUUCGACAUUGAUGAUCUUGAACUUGUUGAUGAAGAAGGUCUGGACGAUGAGGUGGCGGACGAUGCCGAAUACCAUGAUGCGGUAAACAUGCCUGGCGCAUGGGAUGCUGUCGCCUCCAUGUCUGGCCUUGGAGCGCACUCGAAGACGAUGGAGAUGCUCUUGGCUGGUCAGGGUGGUCAAGAACAGCGUGCGAUUGGUGGGGUUGGAGACGGCAAUGGCCAGACUGCUGUCAAUAAUGUCAAUCUCCGCGCUCUGGAUCCGGAUGCUUUGCAGAAGCGUGUCGCUGAGAAACAGAGGGAAUCUGAGCAGUCGAGGAAAGACAUGGAGAAGAUCGAGAAGUUGUGGAAUAAGAAGAGCAAGGAUAUUGGAAGGUGGAGAGAGGUUUUGGCGAAAGGCUAG